AUGCCGCCUUCUUCCCGAGAACACCAAUUCGAAGAAAAGACCUUUACGAAACCCACGCAAUGCGACUGCUGUAAUAAAAUGCUUUGGGGUCUAAUCAAGCAAGGAGUUUGCUGUAAAGUAUGUGGAUACGUGUGUCAUGCAAAGUGCUCAGAGAGUUCGGUUUACUGUGGCGCAUCAGAAACUUCAAAUUCUUCAAAGCACUCCAGAAAAAAUAAUAAUAAUGAGUCGUCAUCAUCAAUAGAAUUAGGUGCAGAUCGAACAAGUGGUGAAACUGCAGAAUACGAUGGCAGUGUUGAUGAUGUUGGAAAUACGCGUUCCUCUUCAAAAUCAUUGUAUAUUCCAUCUCAAUCACGAUCAAGAAGCUCAAAUUCGAAUUAUUUAUCUGGAUCAUUACCAAAUACACGUACUAUAUCCUUUCGAAACUUUGAUUUAGAUUCGAUACCUCCACCAAAACCUGAGCCAAAGGCACCAUUACCACCAAAACCUAUUUUACGUCGAUCUAGCUCUGUUGACUCACUUCCCGAUAAUAUCAAAUCCCCAUCCAAUGAAAACAAAGCAGAUAGACCAAUAGCCUCAUUAAGGAAUAAUAACAAUAAUCAAACUAUCACAGCUAUAAUGAACUCUAAUUUAGUACCAAAAAACACCGAGCCACUUGUGUCUUUUGGGUCUAAAAUAAUUCAAGAUCUGAUAGUUUCUUCGGCCAUUAAUAUGACCAAUGCAUCCAAAUUAACAUCAGAUUCUUCUCACCCGCCAUUAAAUCUUCAAACCACUACAAUAAAUUUUAAAAAAUUUGUGCAAAAAUGUGGAUUCAUUUUUGCUAUUCAAGAUGCUGUUGAGGAUCUUGUUACGUGGAAGAAUUCUGCAAAUACAUUGUUGGCAAUGGUAGUUUACAUUUAUUUGUGUCUCUAUCCUCAUCUCAUUAUUCUUAUACCGCUUGUCAUCGUAUUGUCUGUAUUGAUUACCUUUUACAAUAAAAGAUUUCCUGAAGGUCCAAUAAAUCAAAUACGGAACCGAAAAAAAUCAAAAAAGGAUAAAAAAUCAAAGCGAGCUGUGCCAGCACUUCCCGACGAGAAUUCCGUCGACUACUUAAAGAACAUGCAGAAUAUACAGAAUUUGAUGGGAAUUGUGUCGGACGGAUAUGAUUCUGUUAUACCGUUGUUUAAACAUCUAGACUGGAGCAAUGAGCAAGAGAGUCUACGAAUUACACAAAUUGUUGUUCUAAUGUUGGCUCUUUUAACUGCCACGGUAUGGUUUGUGCCAUGGCGUAAGGUGUUUAUUGUGGCUGGGCUAAGUGUGUUUAUUUUGAACAAUAAAUUCGUCAAAGCCUUGAUAAAUGAGUCAAUGUCUGUUUAUGAAAAUCAGCGAUGGUGGGCUGGAACAGGAUUUGGUCCACAAUUACUUCGCUCAGAAAGAGCACCAUGGUCAUCAAUGUCUGGAGCUACUGAGCUACCACCGAAAGAUGAAAUUGUGCCUCCCGAAGGAUAUGAAUGGGCUGGAGAAGAUUGGAGUGUCGACAUGAAUAAUGUAUGGGAGGAUGAGAAAGGGGCAGAGUUAUCAGUGGAGCCAGAUGAAGGCGGAUGGGUUUAUACGGACCCUCAAUGGGAAAAUCCUGAACCGAAAAGCAUUUCAGGAAACAAAGUUUUAACUCGUCGACGAAAAUGGAUCAGAAAAGCGAAAAAAAUUGGUACUGAUAUAGGGGGAAACGGUGUUAUUCUUGAUGCAAAUAAUCCAACAGAUGUGAUAUUGUCGACGGGUGGAAAUCAAAAUAAUUCCUCAUUACAUAGACGGAAAACUCACAACUAA